CCUUCCCCCAGUCUCCUCAGGUCCCCUUGGCCCCCAGCUCUCCCCUUCUCCCUUCCCGUCCCUUCUUGUCCCCUCCCCUCCCCUUCCCCUCCCCACUCCUGAACCUGUGGGCUCCGCCUAGGAGCAGCAGCAGGCGGGACCGAAUCCACCCCUACCCUGCCGCCCGGGCCUUGUGGCCCAGUCCUUGGCGGUAGCGACAUGCGGCUCCUGUUCCUGGCAGUACUGAGGCCUCACACUGGCAACGCGGUCACGGCUGGGCGCCUGCGGGACCACCUAGAAGCUGCAGGCCACAUGUGCGUUCUGAGAGAUGCCUUUGACUUUGAAAGCCCAUCUGAAAUUGCCAACCUGAUCGUGGACGAGAAUCUGGAAGCAGCUCUAGCUCUUCACCUCUACCGAGGAGGCAGACUUCUGCAAGGUCAAGGCAUUCCUUUCGGGGUCAUCUUUGGUGGAACGGAUUUAAAUGAAGAUGCCAAUCAUGAAGAAAAAAAGGAGGUCAUGGGGAAAGUUCUGGAGGAAGCCAGGUUUGCCGUGGCUUUCACCAAGACAAUGAAGGACUCAGCACAGGCGCAGUGGCCACAUGCAACUGGGAAGAUCUUUGUCCAGAGUCAAGGAAUUGCAACAGUACCAAAUGCCAACUUUAACUGGAACACCUUCCUCCAGCAAUCAGAGAUCGACCAAAGUGCAGACAACCUGUACAUAUUCCUUAUAAUCUGUGGGCUCAGACCAGUGAAGGAUCCUCUGUACCUGGUGGAUGCAUUCUCAGAAUGGCAUCAAGAGACACCCAAUGUUUACAUGGUGAUUGUAGGUCCUGAGGUAGAUCCAGUGUUUACAAGGGAAGUGAAAGACCGGGUGAGGAGGUCUGCAGGGGUGCGGCUGAUCCAAGAGAUGGGCCAGGAGGAUCUGCAUGCAGUGGUGAAGAGCUGCUUUGCGCUGGUCAACAGCUCAGUCUCUGAGGGCAUGUCAGCAGCCAUCUUGGAGGCAAUGGAUUUGGAAGUUCCCGUGCUGGCCAGGAACAUCCCUGGGAACUCGGCUGUGGUAGAGCACGGCGUCACGGGAUUGCUGUUUUCCAACCCUCAGGAGUUCAUUCAGUUGGCAAAGAGACUGGUUAGCGAUCCUGCACUGGAGAAAGAAAUCGUGAGCAACGGAAGGGAAUAUGUGAGGACACAUCAUUGCUGGCAGGUGGAGAGAGACACCUACCAGCGCCUCGUCAGGAAGCUGGAGACAAACUUGGAGGAUUAAAUGAUGCACGUCUGCGCUCACCACAUCUGUCCCAACAACCAGCAGGUGCUCAGCUCUGGGUAGACACCAAGAGAUGGUACCCGGUCCUGGACCACUGGAAUCCUAGAGUCCCCAGGAAUACAUCCACCCCCCAAGUCUCCUCCUGUUUGGCAGACAGUUCUGCUAUGCUUACAAGCUCAGUUCUGGAUGGACUUGUAGCUCACUUCUGAAAGUGCUUGUCGCCGAGUCGUAGAGGUGCUUACAGAUCAGUCCUCAGUGGGCUUGUAGGCUCACUGCUGAAAGUGCGUAUGGCUAAGUCCCAGAUGUGUUUGCAGCUCAGUGCAGGAGAUGGAGGUGCAUCUCAGGGGCCUUUGGAGGAGUGUUCCAAGAACUGCUUUUACAACAACACAUGGAAGCUUAUUUAUAAGUAACCACAGGGCAGACCCUUCCCCUGCCUUCACAAAGAAGAAACAAAAAGGCCAGGAUUGUCAAUGGAGUGGAGCUGGCAGCAUUUUUGAUAAGAUCUCGAUCAUGGGGUCCUGAUAGGCAUGGGGGCCGCAGGGGUUGGGGGGGAGGCAGGCUGUGGCUGGUAUGCUAAUAAGCUCUGAAGAGGCUGUGAAUGUAUCAGGUUGCAUCACUUCUCACUAGUGCACCUGAGAGCCAAGCGCGCUUUCCAAAAGAGGCUCUGCCCGCAAGUAUGACAUCACAGGGAGCCUGGACGAUGAUUGGAUAGCCCCCACAAUGGAGGCUGGGGCACUGAAUUCAGUGUGGUUGGUCUUUUCUCUUAUAGCUAAGGAAUUGGGAACAGUGUUGACUGAGUCACAAGACAAUGAUGGGACCCAAGACUGUGACAGAAGGUCAUUGGGGUAUGGGAGGUCAGUCUGGGUGGCCGGGUGUCUUUUGAUGGGAGCUCCUUACAACAGUGCUCUGUACCUCCAGCGGCCCUUUUUGUUGAAUUUCAACAAGGCUGUGUUACUGUGAGCAGGAUGUGGAAUGGCCACCCUGUGCUAAAGCAGUCAGCUUGGAGGACGAGGAAGAGGAGGAGGAGGAGGAGGAAGAGGAAAGAAAAAUGCAGCCAAGAGCCACACGUGCAUGGAAAGUAUCAGGCUGUGGAGGAAAUGGAGGAGGAGUCAGAAUCCAUAUCAUACCUGCUCCAACUCAGAAGGCACAUCUGAGCCUUUUGCUUUUCUUAGCAGCAGUAAGCAUCUCCUUUUAAGAGAAGCAGGAUGGAAGGAAGCAACCUUUGUAAACCAGAACUUCAGGGAUGAAAUCAGAGCUUGAUUCGAUAGGAUGCUUUCUAUUCUGUACCUCAGAUCCAGCACUGUCACUUUCAUCCCGCCCUGCUUGAGCUUCAAGCAUUUGCAGAUGCACUGAGAACUGUGUCCAUUUCCUUGGCCCACAGCCUGAGCUGGGGUCUUACCUCUCUGGGCACAAGAAGGGUCGGGGUGGGGGAAGUCAUGAGGCCUGAAUCUCCAUAGCAGCUCCUCUAAGCCCAGAGUUCAAACCCACCUCUGGAGAGAUGCGUAAAGGUCAGGUACAAAAGCGGGAUGCUCUGGAAUGCUUGUCUCUCCUUUGCCCGGGGAUGACGUCACUGCCUGACCACUGUGCCAGCAUCACUAAGCUACAUCUGCAAAUGCACUUGGGAAGGGGGAGGUUCUUAAUUAAUAAAGCACGUGACCAUCAGCCAUACAUAUA